CUAACGUACAGCAUUCAUGUCUCUCUUUGUGGUCGAGCAAAGAAUUUCAUUAUCGAUCGACUGUACGCCAUUGCAUUUGGACGCCUAUAUAUACACACACAGGUGGAUGCAUCGAUCGAUCUUAGGGAAGUGGCCGAUCGAGAUAGAGAUAGAGAUAGAGAUAGAGAUGGAGCGCUACUACUCGACGCGGGCCGGGGGCGACGUCGCCGGCGGCGGCAACAAGACGGCGUGGGUGUGCGCGACGCCCGGGCCGAUGCUGCUGGCGAGCUUCGCCGUGUCGCCGGACCUCCGCACGACGGAGAAGUUCAUGGUGACGACGACGGUGCUGAUGACGUUCCUCGGCGCGGCGCUGUUCGCCGUCGGGAUCCUCGGCCGGUUCUCCGGCAGGCACCGGGGCCACUCGGCGGCGACGCGCAUCUUCUUCCGGGUCUCCUUCGCGCUCUUUCUCCCCUUCAUGUCCUUCAUGUUCUCGCAGGCCAAGGGCAAGGACGUGCCCUUCCGCGCCUACCUCAUCCUCCUCUGGAUGCUCCUCGUCGAGCUCCUCCGCAAGAAGGUGUACGCCAUGGUGGCGCCCGCCGGCGACACCUUCUCCCGCGGCGUCGGCAGGUACAGUCUCUUCGACGCCGUCGAGGACGCCACGCGCAUGGUCUGGAUCGGCUACCUCAUCUACUCCUACGUCCACGGCUUCGCCGUCAAGGCCCUCUUCGUCAUCCUCUGGAUCUUCGGCGUCGUCAAGCUCUGCAAGCGCUCCAUCAGCAUCCACCUCGCCAAUCGCUCCCUCGACCUCGCCAAGAACGCUGCGCUCGUCUCCGGCUACAUGGCGCAGCUCGUCGGGGCGCACCGACAGCUGGAGCUGGAACGGCCGCUGCUGCUGGCCGACAUUAACGGAGCUGACGUCCGCGGCAACAGCACCAUGAGAGCGUGCAACUACACGGUGAUGGGAGAGAGCCAGCUCAAGACAAGGAAGACGCCCCACGGCAUCGAGGUCGACGGGCUUCACGACAUCCUCGCCGGCGGCGGGACGGAGCAGCUGGUCCGGGUGAGCACCAUCUGGAAGCUGGCGGAGACCGACCCGCUGUUCAAGUACGACGUGCACAGGAAGCAGAAGCUGGAGGACAUCUGCCUCGGGCUGGCCCUCUUCAAGCUGCUCCGGCGGAGGAUAGAGCGCUGCCACAUGGCGGAGAGCAACACCCCGGAGGCGCGGGCCUUCGUUCUCAAGGGCCUCCUUGCCCUCGCCGGAGGCCAGGAAGACGACGCCGCGAACGCCAAGAGGGCGUUCGACGUGGUGGAGAUGGAGCUGAGAUUCAUGGAGGAGUACUACCAGGCCAUCAUCACGCUGGCGCUGCCCAAGCCCACGAUCUUCAUCGCCAACUUCGUCUUCUCCAUCGUCUUCAUCCUCCUCUACUGCGUCGCCGUGCUGCUCGUCACCGGCAACGGCAACAUAUUCAGGGUGCUCGGCUCCCUCUUCCGCGGCCUCAUCGGCCUGUCCAUCGACAUGGUGGUGCAGUACAGGUGCUUCCGCCACCAGGUGUCCGUCCUCGUCGGCAUGGUGUGCUCCUCCUCCGACCUCGUCGUCACCUUCCUCCUCACGCUCACCCUCUUCUCCGUCGAGACGUACGAGCUGGCGCAGUACCUGCUCUCCGACUGGUUCGCCGCCUCCAUGCUCUGCAACUACGCGCGCAAGCCCGCGCUGCAGAAGCAGGUCCGCGUCCAGCGCACCGUCCGCUGCGGCCUCUGGGUCCGGCACCGCUCGCGCCCCGUCAUCAAGGUGCAGCAGGUCACCAUGCUCAAGCUCCACCACCUGCACCCGCGCCGGCUGUGGAUUCUCCUCUCCCGCAUACUCGCGCACCGCCUCGCCGGGCUCAGCCCCGCCGUCGUCACCACCGAGGCCAAGGUGGCCAUCGUCGCGGCCCUCAAGGAAGCCCUCGAGAGCGGCGGCGGCGACGCCGGCGACCUCCACUUCAGCAGCUGCGUGGCCGUGCUGCGCAAGAACGGGUUCGCUGCGCCCGAGUGGGCGUGCGACAGCAGCGGGGGCGCCGCCACGGUGAUCCUGGUGUGGCACCUCGCGACGGCGCUGCUCGAGACCGGCGGCAAGCCGCGGCCGCCCAAGGGCGACGCGGCGGUGACGCUGUCCAGGUACUGCGCCUACCUGGUGUCCUACGAGCCGGGGCUCCUCCCGGACGACCCGGAGUGGACGGAGAAGGCGUACAGAGACAUGAGGAGGGACCUCGGCGGCUUCUUCCAGAGCUGCUGCACCGCCAUGGACCGCCGGAGGAAGCUGCUGCAGCUCUGCGAUGACUGGCACGACGACGAGGCGUCGGCCAUGGCCAGGGGCGUCAGGCUUGGGAAGCAGCUCGAGCAGCAUGCCUCCCGGUCAGACGGCGACUUCGAGAAGGUGUGGACGAUGCUGCUCGACUUCUGGGGGCGGCUGCUCGUCGUCGUCGCGCCGAGGCCGUCGGCGGGGCCGGAGGGGCACGCGCUGGCGCUGGCCCAGGGCGGCGAGUUCAUCACCCACGUCUGGGCCAUGAUGACCCACGCCGGCGUGCGCGUCCACAGGCACCAUGACUAUCAAAGCAUUCCGGUCACCGAUGUGGUAUAGCUAGUCAUGCUCAUGCAUGCAGCAUGCCUGAGUAUGCUUAACUUCUCACGUUAGCAUCUAACGUGUGACAGCCGGAACAGAUUUAUGAUCUCUUCGUAUUUUUAUACGACACCGUUUACUUUGG